AGAAAAAAAAAGUCCUACCAGCUUUUUACAUCAUACUCUGCAUUUAUAUUAAAGCUUCAUCUUGUGAUAUUCCACACUUUACGUUUCCAGUUUUUCUCUCAAGAAAUGCAAUGCCAAGAUUUCUACUAUGAGAGAUGAGUACGGGUUAUAAUGUGUGGGUGCGAUCUAAACAUAGGAACAGCUCAAGCCAAUUAAACAACAACAACAUCAACAACAACGACUCAAUUUCAAAUAGUUGUCUGCUAAUAGUUCUUGCAACUUUGCUAUUUGCGCUGCUAAUUGCCCUCGUGUUGAGGGCAAUUAUACGUUGUGUCUUACGACACAACGGGAGAUUUCCAUUUGAAUCUGCAGAAGCUUCACUUGCGCGUUUGUCGUCAAAUGGAUUGGAUAAAAGUGAAUUGACAAGGAUUCCAGUGAUAGUAUACGAGCAACGACAGAAGAUGUUAUCUGCUACUGCAGAUUGUCCAAUAUGCCUUGGAGAAUUUCAACAAGGAGAAAAAUUGAGAAUUUUGCCAAGUUGUAAUCAUGAGUUUCAUGUUCAUUGCAUAGACAAAUGGUUUUCAUCGCAUUCUUCGUGUCCAACUUGCAGGCAAAUAUUAUUUCUUGUUUAAAUAAGUACAAAAGAAUUUUUACAUUGCCAUGAAAUUUCCUGUUGUAGUAGGGAGGUUAUUUGCUUUAUUUAUAUUAUUUUUUUCAAAUCUUGGAUAAUAACUUGUAAUUAUUUUCUAUGUGAUCUGAUAUUGUUAUAAAAAUAUUAUUUUUGUUAUAAAUAGAAUUUUAUUUAUGAUGAAUGUCUA